AUGAGUCGAACGAUUGCCUCAUCGGUGUCCAAGUCGACCCUUGUUUCAUCAUCGGGAGGCUCAUCAAGCACACCUAUAGAAUUUCCAAUCAUCCGAAAAGAAUGUUUAGGAGAUGGAAAAUUUAUUAAAAUGCGUAGAUAUACUCUCGGAGCUGAAUGUAAAUUAUGUGGAAAAGUAUAUACAUCCUUUUCAUGGAAAAAACAUCCCAAAGAUGUAAAUUAUCAACGAACAGUGAUAUGUCCUGUUUGUGCAAUUACAAAGAAUUUAUGUCAAGUCACUGUCGUGGAUUUGGAUUAUGAUAUUCCUGCCUAUGUGCGAGAUUCACAAUAUUCUCUCACUGAUCAUCAAGCAUCGGUUGAAGGUAAUACAGCAAGUGCAUUCAGUGGUCAAAAAAGUUCAGUAACAAAUGUAUAUUUUGCCUCACAGGCUGAAAAAUUGUUAAGCGAGGGAGGAACCAAUAGGCACUUAUUAAGAAAUGAAUUGGCCAAUAGAAAUGUUUUGAACGAAUUGAGAGAUGAGGAGGGUCUUGAUGACACUGCUUCAAAUUCUACUGUAGUUACCACUCUCAAUGGAAAUUUAGGAUUGACAUCAGCAGCGUCACUAGAAGAAUCUAUGGAGACUACAUCACCUCCCAUUGAUUUGAAAACGAUCCAAAUUGGCUCAGUCAAUCGAAAUGUUGUGGAAACCUCAGACGACUAUAUUGAUGAAAAGACUCUACUAGAAUUUGUCUCAAUCUAUGCAACCACUGGGCAGAAUACGAAAGGUGUUGGUACUGUUGACCUGAGAGACCUGAUCGAAAAGUGUCGCCAUGUACCCAGUCAUCACUGUUACUUGAUCACUUUUGUUCAUCAAGGUGAUGCCGAGUUAUGCAUGCAAAAGCUAGGAAAAAAGAAUGGUGGAAAAUUCAAGUUAAAUGGACAGACUUUGACAAUUAAAUGGGCAAGAAAGAAGAAGAGAUUCGAACCAUACGAACCAAUCAGUCUGCAAAAAUCUUCAACAACUCAACCAUUGUCGUUGGCAAUUAUUGGUGUGAAUGAUGAGCAAUAA